GGUUUUCAGUAAGUGAAAGCAAAACGAAGCGAAGGAAAAUGAACGAGCGAGUAUCGGAUGCGCUGUAAUGGCGGAGAGUUUAUUGGGUCCCUCAUUCUGUUGCAACACUAGCAUCAUUACUGCAUCGCCUCUUCUUCUUUUUCAUAAUUUUUAUUUUCCUCGUAGAAAAUCUCUCUCAAUGUCUGCUUUUCAUUGCCAUUGCCUCUCUAAUUCUAAUUCAAAGCCAAAUCCAAAUCCUAUUCAGCCUUCUCUGCUCGUGUUCUCUGGCGGUACUGCCUUUAACGGCGUUGUAGAAGAACUUAAGAGGUUUACCACACGUGUUGCUCACGUUCUUCCCGUUUCUGACGACGGUGGAAGCACUGCUGAAAUUGUUCGCGUACUUGGUGGUCCGGCUGUCGGCGAUAUACGGUCGAGGUGUUUGAGGUUGUCAGACGAGAGUACUUCAGAGGCGCUUGCGGUUCGCAGGUUGCUUGGUCAUCGUUUACCACUUGAUCCGCAACAAGCCAAAUCAGAAUGGUAUGAUAUUGUGGAAGGAGAACAUUCCCUUUGGAAUGGAGUGUCAAGACCUUAUAGGGAAACCAUUCGAGCUUUUCUUGCUUAUUUUCAGAAUGAGAUCCUCCGACGUCCCAGUGAAUUAUUUUGUUUCAGUAAUGGCAGCAUUGGGAAUUUUUUCUUUGCAGGAGCACGCAUAUUUUUUCAGUCUUUAGAUGCUGCAAUAUUUUUGUUUUCACGUGUUUCAGAUAUUCCCUCAGAAAGUCAGGUCCUCCCAGUCAUCUCCACCAAUGACAGACUGACAUUAGGUUGUGAACUUUGGGAUGGGAUGGUAAUAAGGGGCCAGAAUGAGAUUUCUCACCCAACCAAUGGGUCCAUGGAGCCUGUAAAAAAGGAAAGAUCUGCUGUUCCUGAACUUCCUUCAAGAAUAAAGCGGGUGUUUUACAUGUCUAGUGAGGGCAGAAAUUUGUUGCAUGAGGUGUUCCCUACAGCAAACCCAACUGUCCUGGAUCAGUUGAAUAGUGUGAACUGUAUUGUUUAUGCUAUGGGAUCUCUCUUCACUUCCAUCUGCCCAUCGUUGGUAUUACUAGGCAUUGGGGAGAUAAUUUCUUCAAGGUCCUGUCCUAAGGUACUUCUGUUGAAUGGUUCACAAGAUCGAGAAACAAGUGGCUUUUCUGCUUCGUGCUUUGUAACUGCCAUCACAGAUGCUCUAAAUCGAACAUAUGGAAAUCCUCAUAAAUCUCUCAAAAACUCUCCAAGUCAGUAUAUCAACACUAUUUUGGUGCCCAAAGAUGGCGAGAUUCCCUUGGACAUUCAAAAACUGGCUUCCCAAGGAAUCUUUGAUGUGAUUGUUGUUGAUUCUGGACGCGAUCCAAAAGUGGGUGUGAUAUUUGACCCUAAGUCAUUAAUUCAAGCUAUUGCUGACUUGUUAAUUAACUACGUGAGAACAAAUGCAACAAAGGCUCGAACAAAGUGAUAUUGCACUGAAAUUCUGGAGGAAGCCAACUAAUUUUCACAUGACCAUCAAAGUCAUCAGUCAGUUGGCUCCAUUCCUCCAAGGCGACUUUUCCCACUUGUUCGGUUGGCCAGCAAGUACCUUUAAUUUAAGGAGAUGUGGAAUAUUGUUUGUGUCAAUGAAAACCUGAGGUCAACUAACAUUGCAAAAAACUGGCUUACUCAUUUAAGUCCUGAUGUACGGGAGAUCUGCAGUUGCUUUCAUUUGCUAUGCUAAAAUCGUAAUUUAGUUUUGGAUCACUGAGAAAAGAUAGCUGUUGUAUAUUUUGGCAUAGCCGUCUGAUCCAUUUGUUGCAACUCCAAAUCAGUGGUGCUGAGAAAUUUGAAGACUGACCCUUUAUUGUAAUUAUACUUGCGCGAUAAACAGAAAGAUCAUAAGCCAAAUGUGGCAUGGUUAACUGUAUGUAUAAGCCUUAUUUUUAUUAGAAAAUUUUCUUUGUUCC